AUGUAUAGUCAGAAACGUUAUUAUUUAUUAUUACACGAAUAUGUAUCAAUGGGUCUACUAGAAGAUUUUGGCAUACGCGUCCCUAAAUUUAAACUAGCUACGACUGCAGAACAAGUCCAGCAGAUAGCUGCUAGUAAAGAGUUUGGUAAUGAUUUAGUAAUUAAAGCACAAGUAUUAGCUGGAGGUAGGGGGAAAGGAACAUUUGAUUCGGGUUUGAAAGGUGGUGUUAAAAUGACUUUUUCCGCGGACGAAGCAAAGAACGUAUCGUCAAAGAUGUUAGGUCAUCGUUUAUAUACAAAACAAACUGGACGAGAAGGAAAACCUGUUAAUAAAUUAAUUGUGUGCGAAAGAUUAUUCACAAGAAGAGAAUAUUAUUUUGCUAUUGCGUUAGAUCGUGCAUUUAACGGUCCUGUAAUUAUUACAAGUACUCAGGGAGGUUCAAAUAUCGAAGAGGUAGCUGCUGAAAAUCCCGAUGCAAUUACUCGAUAUCCAAUUGAUCUCAUCAAAGGCUUUGAACGAUCUGAAGCAUUGUCCAUAGCUGAACAACUUGGAUUUUGUAACGAUGCAUUACAAGAAGCAGGUGAUACUUUGUUAAAACUAUACGAUUUAUUUAUGAAAAAAGAUAUUGUUCUACUUGAAAUUAAUCCAUUAACAGAAGGAGCAGAUGGGAAAAUCUAUUGCAUGGAUUGUAAAAUAAAUGUUGAUGAUAAUUCAGAAUUUCGUCAGAAAGAAGUAUUUGGGUAUAAAGAUGUAUCACAAAGUGAUUGGCGUGAUGUGAAAGCAGCUGAAUCAGAAUUAAAUUAUAUUGGACUUGAUGGAGAAAUUGGGUGUUUAGUGAACGGAGCUGGUCUGGCAAUGGCCACCAUGGAUAUUAUUAAACUACACGGUGGUAGUCCAGCAAACUUUUUGGACGUUGGCGGAGGUGCAUCUUCGAAACAAGUUAAAAGUGCCUUCGAAUUAAUUACGGCUGAUCCUAAGGUGCAAGCUGUUCUAGUCAAUAUUUUUGGUGGAAUUAUGCGUUGUGACACAAUUGCAUUAGGUAUCGUAGACGCAGCACAAGAACUAAAAUUAAACAUACCGAUUGUUGUUCGACUUCAAGGAACUCGUGUCGACGAUGCUAAAGCAAUCAUAGCCAACAGUAGAUUUAAAAUAUUACCAUGUGAUGAUUUAGAUGAAGCUGCUAGACUAGUUGUUAAAUUGGCACAAAUAGUUGGUUUGGCACGAUCCGCAUCUGUCGGUAUUCAAUUUGAGUUGCCUAUCUGA